AUGUAGAAAGUUGUUGUUUACUACGCGUUUAAAAUUAUGGAUGGCUUAUUUGUUGGAAACAGUCGUGCUCCUUUAGUAUAAAAUAUAUUUAAUAUUGAUGAGGAAAGAGAUUUUAUAAUAAUAAACAAAAUUAAUUACAUAAUUAAUUGUGCAGCAUGUGAAUUAACAUAUAAUGGAAGUGGAAAUUCUAUCAGUUUCAAUUGGAGAGAUAUAGAUGAAUAAGUAUAUAUCCUUUUAUAGAUUUAGAAGAUUGUUACUGUUGAAAAUAUAUAAAAUAUAUAUGGGUUUAUUGAAACUGCAAUAAAUAAUGGAGAAGGUGUAUUGUUUUUUUCACUUCGCGGAUAGAGUAGAGCUUUAACAGCAUUGACUGCAUAUUUAAUGUACAAGUAAGUUUCUUACUGAAUUAAUUAGAUAUAAUUGGAGCUUGUUUAAAACACUUUAAUACUUAAAUUCAAGAAGAAAAAACUUUGAAAUCAGAGCAGCAUUUCUAAAAUAAUUAAUGAACUUUGAGACUCAAUAUUUUAAAGAUAAAGAAAUAAGCAGAAAUUGGGAUAAUAAUAUUGAGAAUCAAGAAAUUUAGGUUAUUUAAAAUACUUAUCUUAAUUCUUUAAAUUAAAUACCAGAGAUUGUAAAUACACUUACAAAUCUAUCAAUUCAAAACGGAACAAAGAAAAAAGUAACUUGGUCAAAUAACUUAAUAUAAUAAAUUGAAACAAUUUAAAUAAAAGAAGAAAAAUAACAUUAGUAAGAGUUGAAAUCUAUUUUAAAAGGGCCUUCAUAACUUUUAAAUAAAGAUAAAUACUAUAGAUCAAUCUCAGUAACAGAUAAUUCAAAACUAAAUUUUGAAAAUUUUAUUUUGCACAAUUUGAUUACAGCAAAAAAGUUACAAACACCCAAAAUAAAUAGUUUAAGUUUUGAUAAUAAACCAAAAAGAAAGGAUUUGUUAGAAGAUAAGAUUUCAUUUCAAAAAGGCAGAUUAUAACGACCUUAACAUUUCACACCUUAAAGAUAGAGAAUCUUGCAGAAUACUAAAUAAAUCAUGGAUACGUAUUUAAAUUCACAAAUAAAUAAUAUUUAAAUAAUGAGGAGUAGAUCUAUUCAAACUCCUCAAAAAGAAAGGAUCAGAACAGUUUCUCAAUAGAUUUCUAGUUCUAAAUAAACUCCAAACUUAUCUAAAUAAUCCUUGCUUCUGGAAAAUUAGAAUAGUAAUUUUCUUAAAUGGAGUAUAACUAAAAAACCUCCUUAAUUUAAAAUUAAAUGA